AUGGAUGACAACACAUCUAUUCGCAUUGUGCCCAUGAAGCCUGGUGAGAAGCCAGCAAGUUCUCCUGUGUGCACGCAAGCGUAUAUGUGCAAAGAUGGGAAUGACAGGCUGUUCGGUGAGCGCAUCCGUGGAGAGGAUACGGUGUCGUCGAAGCGGAAGCGAGAUGGUGAGAUAUGGUCUCAGGCAAUGGAAAUGGAGGACGAGGAUGGUACCAGGAAGCUGCUUAGGACGCAUUUCCCGCGGGAGUACAUCCAGCGUUACGGCACCAUGGAGAAGUUUAUUCGGAGUAAGAAGCGCAAGGUAGCAGUGGAGCAUGUCCCUGACUUCCCCGUCAAGGGCUGGGUCGUACCUCCGGAGUUGCUGCAGUGGCGGAAGGAGAACUUCGACAUCGGGCGUGUUGGUAAGCCUAUCAGUCUCAUUCUCAUAGGCCCUCCGAGGUGCGGUAAAACUCAGUGGGCGCUGUCGUUCGGUAGACCGGCGGAGAUGUCAAACAGGUUUUGUUUUGAUGCCUUGACAGAGGAUUGUACGCACCUUGUUGUAAACGAUUUUGUGGUGAAGCAUUUCAAGCCGUGGAAAGAGUUUAUGGGAGGGCAGAUGAGGGUUGACGCAACGGGUAAGUAUAGAGCAGAGAAAGUGGUGGAGUGGGGGAAGCCCGCUAUCUGGACCUGUAAUAAGGAUAAUGAUCUGAGGAAGAACCCAGCGGUGAAGGAGUUUCUUGCGAGCUCGUCGGUUGUGGUAGUGGAAAUUGACAGGAACCUAUGGUGUAAGGAUGAGGUUUAG